GUCAUAUGAUCUGAACAAGACAAGACUAUAAAACAACCACUAAACAAUCGAAAUUCAUUUACUUUUCAAAAUUUAUUUGUGAUGUACAUUUUAGCAUGAUAUUUUGACUUACGAGUUAUACAUAAUCCAGUUCAAUGUUAAAAUUAUGUCUUCCGAGUUCAGAAGAGACGCACUGAAAAUAUUUAAAUGCCUGCACCGGACUCGAAGAUCCGUUUUUGAAGGAGAUACAUUUGCCCUUGACGCCACACGUGAUAAGCUGAAUGAAGAGUUCAAGAAAAACAAAGAUUUAAGAAAUGAAGGUGUCGUUCGAAAAAUGCUCAAGUUUGCGCAAGAAGUAGAUUUACUGUUGAGGACCACGGUAGUCCAAGCGAAACAGGUGGAGCCUGGAAAAUAUCGAGCGAAAAUUACUGAAGAUACGGUUAAAAUGGAUAACAAUUCUUUCCGAGAGGUACUUGAUAAACAGCUACAUCCUGAAAACAGUAUAUCGAAAAAAUAUGACGGUAGAAAAGACUGAUAUAAAAAUAACAAAUCCUGACAUUCAUUCAUGUUCAUAUAACUAUGAAAAAGUUAUAAAUAUUUCAAUGUGUGUUA